AUGGAAAAAGAAAAAAGAAAAAAAGAAACGAGAAAGAGAAAAAAAAGAGAAAAAAGUGGAAAUAAGAGAAAGAAAGGGAAAAACAAAAAGAAAGAAAAAAGAGAAAAGAAAAAGAGAAAGAGAGAUAAAAAAGAGAAGAAAAAGAAAGAAAUAAGAAAAAAGAAAAGGAGAAAAGAAGAUGAAAAAAAAAAAAAAAAGAAGAAAAAUAAAAAAAAAAAAAGAAGAAGAGAAAAAAGAAAAAAGGAAAAAAGAAAAAAGAAAGAAAAGAAAAAAAAAGAGAGAACAAGAAAGAGAAUAACAAGAAAGAAAAAGUAA